AUGGAUCUUCCUCAGGAAACUCAACCCCAAAAGCUACCCCAUUUUUUCAUUCUACCCUUUCCCACUAAAAAAGACGUGGCCUAUGCACUCAUUCUCUUCAUCUCUCUUAUCAUAACCUCCAUUGUUUUCUGCAACGUCCUAACCCCUUUCUACCCUCGUCUUCUUCUUCCUUUUAGCUUCUCCAAAACCCUACCCGACACCCAACUUCCAGGAUCCACAAACACCUGCGAUUAUUCGUUUGGCAAAUGGGUUUGGGAUGAAACUUACCCUAACCAAAAGUACAACGAAGAUUGUCCUUUUCUUGAUCCGGGAUUCCGAUGCCAGCGCAAUGGCCGCCGGGAUGUUGGGUAUGUCAAUUGGCGAUGGCAACCGCAUGGGUGCGAUCUACCAAGAUUUGACGCGAGAGAUUUUCUUGAAAGAAGCAGAAAUGGAAGAAUAGUUUUCGCCGGAGACUCCAUCGGAAGAAACCAAUGGGAGUCUCUACUAUGCAUGCUUUCCCAUGGAAUCUCAAACCUUUCCACAAUAUACGAAGAGCAUGGAAACCCCAUAACCAAACACAAAGGCUUCCUUUCAAUCAGAUUCCAUGACUACAAUUUAACCAUCGAGUAUUACCGGGUCCCUUUCCUGGUAGUCAUCGACGACCCACCGGAAAAUUCGUCGGAAGAAAUCCUGCGAGCCAUUAGAGUUGACAAGCUCCACCGGUUCUCUUCAAAGUGGGCCGGAGCAGAUAUUCUUGUCUUCAGCGCCGGUCACUGGUGGAACCAAGACAAAACCCUAAAAAUGGGGUGGUAUUUCCAAGAAGAAAAGACACUGAACUUGACAAUGGACGUGAUGGAAGCAUUUGCGAAGUCUCUUCAAACAUUAAAGUCGUGGGCUUUCAAGGAUUCCGAUAGGAGCUACAUCUUCUUUCGAAGCUAUUCACCAGUACAUUACAGGGAUGGAGAAUGGAACACCGGUGGACAUUGUGAUCGUAGUAAAGCACCAGAAACAGACUACAUGAACCCCGAAAGUGAACAUUUAAACAAUCAAAUCAUUUCAAAUGUAGUCAAAGAGAUGGAAACUGAUGAACACAAAGUCCAAUUCUUGAACAUUACGUAUCUAACAACAAUGAGAAAAGAUGGUCACCCUUCGAGAUAUAGGGAACCAGGUACUCCAUUGAAGGCUCCACAAGAUUGUAGCCAUUGGUGUCUACCUGGUGUCCCUGACACGUGGAACGAACUUCUUUAUGCUCAACUAUUGUCUAGUGGGUUCAAAACAAUAAGGGGCAAACACACUGUACUAAAAUAUUGGGCAGGGGCUGCGCGAACGCAAGCCCCCACUGGCACAAAUUAUGAUGUAGGCUCGACCACUUGGGCCGACCUUAGGCUAGCACCCCUCCUCAGUGCAAUGGAGGUCACUAACCUAGGCCAUGGUCCAUCUUGA